AUGGCCAGCACGACGCCAGCAGAAUGGUGCCAAGCUUUCUGCAUAGUCAGCUCCGCGAUGCUCUUCUCGAUGCAAGUUCUCCCGGAAAAUGCGCGCAAAGCCUUGUUCGCAUACGGCGCCAGGAGGCCGGCACAUACCCAGCAUGGCCCGAAUAGCCAAGCUCCUGGGCAGAAGGCCGAGGCAAAGUCAGAUUCUCUCCUGGUGCUGACAAGCUAUGCACAGGUGCCUCACUCGUGGUUCAUACACUUCUACAUAGCAUCUGUGUCAUGGUCAAUCUUCUGGGGCUGGCAAUACAUCUCCAAGGGCUCGAUCAUGCGGGCCAUGGCUGAGAUGCAGCAUCGAUCUGCAGUGGAGGAUCAAGCUCCAGAGGUCACCCUGAGUGCCACUCUGGUGACUUGGCUUCUGAUGAGCACCCAAGGAGCGAGAAGACUGUUUGAGUGUCUCUUCGUCGCAAAACCCGGAUCAUCUCCCAUGUCGGCCUUGCACUGGGCUCUUGGAGUAGUCUAUUACACAGUUGUGGGCAUCAGCGUCUGGAUUCGGGGAUCAGGGGCAAUCCUCAAAUCGUGGGAGUCGCCACAGCCAAUUGAGUUUACACCGCAAAUCAUAAUCGGGGCCGCAAUCUUUGGCUUUGCCGGUGCUCAGCAAAACAACUGCCACAGAUAUCUGGCGAGCCUCAAGAAAUACACGCUUCCAAACGAGGGCUGGUUCCAGUACCUCGCUUGCCCCCACUACACGUUCGAAUGCCUGGUUUACGUGGGCCUUGCCGUCGCUGCGGCGCCCCCAGGAACCUUCUUUAACAGAUCUGUCUUGUACGUGUUGCUGUUCGUCGUGACAAAUCUCGGUUUGACAGCAUAUGGCACGAAAAAGUGGUAUGCCGAGAAAUUUGGUGCAGACAAGCUGGUUGGGAAAUGGGCCAUGAUUCCGUUUGUAUUCUAG